AUGAGUAGAGGCUCGAGGUUCGGUUACUGGAACGAUACAUCUAAUUGUAGGGAUACGCAGACUAGUUGGCGGGCCAAGGAGAUAACCACCCCUGUUACUACCAGGUCCGGAUUAACCACGGCAAACCCAACACCUUCGAGUUCAGAAAAUAAGGCAGAGCCAGCCUCACCUGUUAAACUAGAAUCGGAAUUACCUCCGGAGUUUGAAGAGAAGCAGCCAGAAGUUAUGGCAGAGAUAGUGGAUAACGAUAUUGAGAUAGGAUCACUGAAUGCCCACCUCAAUGGUGAGCCAGCCCAGGCAAUAGUGGUCACGCCAGCACAGCUUGCGAUUGAAGUCAAGAAAAAUGUCUUAUCGGUGAUGCCACACUAUUAUGGGAGACCGACUGAGUGUCCAUAUGAGUUUCUGCAUGAAUUUUGCAAACUCUGCGGAAUCCAGAAGAGACCCCCUAGGUCAAUUGAAGAAGAUUAUAGGUUGCGUGCUCUUCCUUUCGCUCUAAGGGGGGAGACCAAUGCAAUUAAAAAAGAGAUCCAGGGGGCUAGGCAAGACUACGAUGAGACCCUUAGCCAAUAUUGGGCGCGCUUCAAGGGAUUGCUAGACUCAUGCCCAAAUAACCGUAUGGCUGAAGCAGAGGUAUACAACAUAUUUUACGGUGGGCUGACUCCAGAGUGCAAGGAUCUUGUAAACACAUCAAGCGGAGGAGAUUUUGCUAGGAGGCGUGUGAGUGAAGCCAAGGAUGUCUUAGAAAGUCUUAUUGGAGCCAAGAAAGCGUAUGAUUCCCCUCGUACUAUUCUUAGAAGGGGAAGUGUGGAUGCAGUGACGGUGCAAACUGAGGAUAGGAUGGACGCUAGGCUGGACAAAUUGGAGAAGGCGAUUGUGAGUGCUAUAGGAAAGAACAAUGCGCCGGCCCCUGUAGAAAAAGACAAGCAAUUACCAAGUCCAAAGGAGGGAUGUCAGAAUUAUGGUCCACAAGGAGAGAUGGAAUGUCAAGCCCAAGUGAGUGCAGUGGGUAACUGGAACCAAAAUAACCAGAACAGUAAUUGGCACCCUUGGAAGAUCAAGGAUGCUCCAUGGAGAGAUAAUCCAUGUUUCAGAUGGGCUGAUCGAAACCAGAAUCCACCUCCUGAACCGCAGACUACAAAUCCACCCGAAGGGCAAUCUAACUGGCCUAAUAAGAAUCAGGAGGGGCAAAAUUAUCAAUCUAAUUGGUCUGGCAGGAAUCAGGAAGGACAGAAUUUCCAGCAAAACUGGUCCAACAGGAAUCAGGAAGGACAGAACGACUGGGGAAAUAGGAAUCAAGGAAACCAAUCUAACUGGGUCAACAGGAAUCAGAACCAACCCUCAAGUAACUAUGUCCCACCCGGACAUAAUGAAAUAGAGGACACAGUCCAGCAGAAGGAAGAUAAUGAAAAAGGGGAAGCCGGAACAGGGGAUGAUCCGUCCUUCUUAAGCCCAAGAACUGAAGUGGAAAAUGAAGAAGUAAGGAAAGAAACUGGAGAGUUUUCCAAGGGAGAAUCCAACAGGGCAGUUAAGCCAUUUCCCUACCGUAGGGAAGCUAGAAAAAGGAAAGAUGAUCCAGUGAAUUUCAUGGAAAUUUUUGGUAAGCUGGAAAUCAACCUGUGA